AUGGAUAAAGAAGAUGUGGAGCUCCAACACCUUAACUUUGCCCAGUUGAACAAUGAAGCCAGAAACUUGAUUAACGUGCAUGUUCCCAAGUCAAUGCAACAACCAGUCAUGAACCACACGGUUAAAUAUGAUGGGGCUCACGAGACUUCCAAUGAUAUGAUGUUCAAUGUCCCUGGAGGUUCCUCAAGUGAGACUAUUCGUAGGGAUGAAGAAGUUGAAGAUAAACUCCAUAAUGGUAAUGAUGAAAACCACACUCUUAGGCUGAGCAAGAAAGAGAGAAGUGAUGGUAUGUAUGCCCCAAACCCCGACCUCUUUCUUCGGGGCGAUGUUCAAUAUGAUGAUAGAGGUGAAUUUAUCAUGCUUGAUAACGAUUCUGACAGCAAUAUAGCACCUCCCACGAAAGUGCAGGCUGGCGUUCUCUCUUCUUUGUUGAAAUUAUACCAGAACCCAGAGGAGUCCAAAUCUACUUCCAGUUUGACAUUUGGUGAUACCUCUACUAUCCAUGAAUUUGAUAAUGAAGAUUCAAAAACAUCCACAGGUAUGACCUUUAACGGCUUGAAGGAAGGAAUCAAGCAUGGGGGCAGAAAGGUCUACAGUAUUCCAUUUGGCAAGAAGGCUAUCAGUAAUGUGGCGCUUGAAGGAGAUGGUCCAGGUGCUGAAGAUGUCGAAGGGUUACCAUCCUUUGCUAAUGCUAGACCCAAGCACCAUAGAAAAGCCGCUAGUGUUAAUCCAGCUGAUAUGCCUGCCAAAAUGUCCAAGAGAAUCCGUAAAGCAAAGAGAAAUCAAGACCGUCAACUUCGGAUCACCGUCCACAUCUCAGAUAUUCUUCAAAGACAACGGUUUAUUAUGUUGAUGUGUAAGGCAUUGAUGCUUUUUGGAGCUCCCACCCACAGAUUGGAAGAGUAUAUGACCAUGACUAGUAGGGUGUUAGAGAUCGAUGGCCAGUUCAUCUACUUUCCUGGAUGUAUGAUCAUUGCUUUUGGUGAUGCUGCCACCAGAACCUCUGAAGUGCACUUGGUCAAAUGUUCACAAGGUUUGAACUUGGCCAAGCUUUCAGAAACCCAUAAGAUCUAUAAAGGAGUCAUCCAUGAUAUUAUGAGUGUAGAAGAAGCAUCAUCUAAAUUGGCCAAAAUCUUCAAGCUGAAGAACAAUUUCAAUCCAUGGCUCUGUGUAUUUUUCUAUGGGUUGGGAUCUGGUUGUGUUUGUCCUUGGGCAUUUGGUGGUGGUUGGAUUGACGUUCCAAUUGCCUUUGGUGUGGGGUUAUGUGUGGGAUAUCUUCAGUUCUUUGUGUCUUCCAAAUCCAAUUUGUACUCUUCAGUGUUUGAAGUGACAUCUUCUAUUGUUGUUUCAUUCAUUGCAAGAGCUAUUGGCUCCAUCAAUGGAGGUGAUACCUUCUGCUUCUCUGCAAUUGUCCAAGGCUCAUUGGCAUUGAUUUUACCUGGCUAUAUUAUCUUAUGUGGAUCAUUGGAAUUACAAUCCAGAAACUUGGUAGCAGGCUCGGUGAGAAUGUUCUACGCCAUUAUCUACUCGCUUUUCUUGGGAUUCGGAAUCACUUUAGGAGCUGCUCUAUAUGGAUGGGUAGAUAAAAAUGCUACAUCGGAGACAACCUGCCGGGCAGAGCAUACUGUUGACGAUAAAUGGAGAAUUCUACUUGUUCCAGCAUUUACCGUCUGUUUGGCAUUGAUCAACCAAGCUAACUUCCGCCAGCUUCCUAUAAUGAUAGUGGUUGCCUCUGCUGGGUACGUUGGUACAUUUUUUGCAUCCAAACACUUUGCCAAUGUGUCUGAGUUCACUGCGGCAAUUGGAGCCUUUAUUAUUGGGGUGUUGGGAAACCUAUACUCAAGAAUUGGGAAAGGGUUGGCAGUAAGUGCUAUGCUUCCCGGUAUCUUUGUGCAAGUUCCAUCUGGUAUCGCAUCUCAAAGUACAUUGUUGGCCGGGGUUAAAGCUGCUGAUCAGAUUAGUGGUAACUCAACCACUACGUCUUCAAGUACAGGUUCGGGUUCCUUAUCAUUUGGUGUAACGAUGGUGGAGGUUUCAAUUGGUAUUAGUGUGGGAUUGUUUGCGGCUGCAUUGUUUAUUUAUCCAUUUGGAAAAAAGAGAACCGGUCUUUUCUCGUUAUAG